AUGCCGCGCACGGCUAUCAAGCGGCAGGUGUGGGUCAGAGACGCGGCGGCGCGCCGCCACGCGACGUUAGCACAGCAACGCCAGUCGCGACGGGACCUCACGGCUCAUGCGCGGCAGCUGGCACAGACGCAUGAGCUGCUGCCGCUGUCGUUGGAGGACGGGAGGACGAGCGACGACGUCGCGGCUGCCCCGAGCAAGCGCAAGACCCGCGAGGAGCGCGUGAAGCAGCGACGCGCGCACUUUUGCAAGCAGUUGAUGACGCCCGAGUGGAUGAUUGACGUGCCCAAGGACUUGAACGGUUGCAGCAGUGCGUUGGGCGAGGGCUGGUACGUGCUGCCCAGGCCCGAGGGCAAGCGCUGUCUCGUGGUCGCGCAUGGAGGCAACACGAUUGCUCGGAUUCCGUCGGGAAACGUGUUGAAGAAGUUUCCAUCGGCGCUGCCAAAUGGGUCGCACAAGACGAACAAGUCCAGUGACGGCUACUGCAUCUUGGACUGCAUUUUCCACGAACAGAACGAGACGUUUUAUGUGCUUGAUGUCAUGUGCUGGAAAGGGUAUCUGCUGUACAAUUGCACGACCGAGUUUCGCCUCUACUGGAUGCGGGACAAACUGUCGGAAGGAGUGACAGCGGCCGUUGCGUCUGCGAAUCCGUUUCGAUUUCUGCCUGUUCCGUGCUACGAGAGCGAUCCAACAGGGAUCAUGGCGGCGUAUUCGACAACGUACCCGUUUCUCAAAGAUGGACUUCUUUUUUACAUGAAAGCAGGCCACUAUGAAAUGGGGCUAUCGCCGUUGGCGUUGGUGUGGAAGGACAGCAACACGAGUCGCUUCUUUGUGUACUCUGCGAAGCCGUCGAUCAUCCUUCGCCUUGAAGGUGAGAACGAGUUUGCGACGCUAGAGGGUAUCGCCCUGUUCACAGCCGAUCAAGACUUCGUUCAGCAGCACGAGCUGAGCGAAGGAGACCUGGCGAGUUUUUCGUUUGAGCAGCACAAAGUCGACGAGAGCCAGGCUCCGCGUUUGACCGGCCUGACGUUUGUAAAGCGAUGCUCGCCGCAGAGGGCCCUGCCAGAUAGCUGGACGAAGAUUUUGUUCCAGUACAAUGCACGGUCCGGCGGUGUCCCAAUCGAGCACAUUCUAGAGGCCGCUCAGACGUCGCUGACUGAGGUUGAAAUGGAAGGAUAG